ACAAAGAACCAGUGUCCAGCUGGGGAUAAGAUAUCCUAGCUGGGAAGCCAUUUUGAACGCCAUUCCAAACUUGAGACCGUGAGGAGCAGCAUUUAUAAAUUCUACAUCGACCUUUAAUACAAGGACAUUUUGGAUUUCAUCCUCUAAAAUAGUAAAAAAUUCUUGCUUCAAAAGAUUGGAGGUACAGAUGGUACUGACCACAUGAAGAAAGCAAUGUUAAGAACUAUGACAAACUCGUACAUGGCUGGUCUAAACAUGAAGGGAAAACGGGGAAAGAAAGCUUUUGGUUCCUCCCAACUCUACCUCCUUAUAAAAGAAACUGUAUUGACAUCUCAUACACAGUAUACAGAAUCAAAAUUCAAUGAAGAUUUGGCUAAAUUCCUAAAAUAUGCCCCGGAGCGUGUGGGAGGAGGUGGAAGAAGGAGAAGAGAUUGACUGUUUUUCACGUUCACUUGACCAGAACUAAUGAUUUUACUCUUUUUCAUCUUCUUAAACUAAUGUUUUUGUGAAAAGCUGGCUACAGAUGUGAGCUAGGUUAUCCAUCAGUGAUUUUAAGUGAUACUUUCAAUUUAUUUAACUGUUUCUCUCUUGAAUAAAUUGAUUAAUGAUA